AACUCCAAACUGUAUACUUUAUCAAAACUUUAUCUUGGAUUCAUAAAAAAAAUCUUGAUUUAUCUUGAAUCUGAUUAACACAUCACGACGAAUGUCUUGUCUUAUCAAAUCUCAAGCGCGUUCUAUUUACGCGUGCGUAGCGCAUCUAAACUAGUCGUCUUCAGAAUUUUAUUUGCAUCCUCGAAAUUCGAUCGACGUUACACGUGAAAAAAGUUUUAAGCGCGAUAAACGUAAAUUAAGAAAAAUAAUAUAUGAAUAUAAUAUUCUUGAAAUCUCGUGUGGUAAAAGUGUACGAAAGAAAGAACGGGUAUUCGACUUUUGAUUGGACCUGUUGCACCUUUCACAAGUCUAGCCGGUUCGCCCGAAGCCGUAGAUAAUCGGUGCCGUUGCGAUUUCGACAGGAAAAGUUGCAUAAACGGAUCGCGCGGACGGGUUAAUUACUUUAACUUCUGAGAGACUUCAAGUAUUUUUCCAACUCUUAUCAGAGAAAGAUUGCCUGAUCUGUAUUGGCCAAGAAUGGUAGAAGCAAGCGCGGUAGGUCCAGGCGGAUACAAUAUAAGGGAAAUUAUGUACCACUUCAUUAACUAUACGAAAUAGAUUGCCGAUAUAGCACUUUUUGCAAGUACCUACGAGGAUUCCUGUUCUGCGAAGCUUUUUACAAAGACUGACAACUGCAGCGCAAAGAUGAAAAUCGCCGUGAUCGGCGCCGGUGCCGCGGGACUCGCUGCACUCCGGCAAUGCGUUUCCGAUACUUACGGUGGCGACCAGGUGGUGUGCUACGAGAAAACCGACCGAAUCGGCGGGACCUGGGUCUACCGGGAGGAAACUGGUUCCGAUAGAUACGGUUUACCGAUUCACACCAGCAUGUACAAGAGCCUCAGAACUAAUUUACCGAAGGAGGUAAUGGGCUAUCCGGAUUAUCCGAUACCGGAAAGACCCGAGAGCUACCUGACGCGCACGCAGAUACUGGAUUUCCUGAACGCGUACUGCGAUCAUUUUGCGCUACGCCCUUACAUUCGGCUGCUGCAUCAUGUAGAGCUGGUGGAGCCGGUCGCGGGAGACCGGAAAUGGUCGGUCAAGGUCAGGGACUUGCAGAAUGACGCGGUCAUAAUCGAGCCGUUCGACGCAGUCAUGGUGUGCAACGGCCAUUACUUUGAGCCUAGGAUCCCGAACGUACCCGGCCAGAACGUCUUCGCGGGCAGGCAGAUACACAGCCACGAUUACAGAGUUCCCGAGCUCUUCGACGGCAAGGCCGUCGUCGUCAUGGGAGCUGGUCCUUCCGGUAUGGAUUUGGCGUUGGAAAUAUCCAAGAAUGCGAAUCGCGUGAUUUUGAGUCAUCACCUGACCGAGACCAUCGCCACCGUGUUCCCCGAGAAUGUCGUGCAGAAAGCUGACGUAGUGGAAUUGACGGAACGCGAGGCGGUUUUUGCGGACGGGACAAAGGAGCGGAUCGACGUAGUCUUCUAUUGUACAGGCUACAAGUACAACUUCCCCUUUCUCGCCGAGUCCUGCGGAGUCCGAGUGGAUUCCAACAUGGUCACGCCCCUUUGGAAGCAUCUGGUGUCCAUAGAGAACCCUACCCUGGCACUGAUAGGGCUUCCGUUCUACGUUUGCGCCUUCAGUAUGUUCGAUUUGCAGGUGCGAUUCGUCCUACGACACUGGCACGGCGAGAGGCAGUUUCCCGCGCGAGCGGAUAUGCUGCGCUCCGAGGCGGAGGACGCGACGAAACGCGCCGAGAGAGGCCUGCAGAAGAGGCACUUUCACAUGAUGGGUCCCGAGCAAGGUCACUAUUACGACGACCUGGCGAGCGUCGCGGGGGUCACGCCGCUGCCGCCCGUGCUGCCGAAACUCCACAACGAGAGCAGCAAGCGCUUCCUGGAUGACUUGGUGCACUAUCGGGAGGAUCGCUACAGGAUCCUCGACGACUACAAUUUUGUUCUGCUUUAACGCUGGAGCGGCAGACGCAUAUAUAGUUUGCUCACGAAAAUUAAAUAUUUUUUAACGUGAAUUUUAUAUUUUUUAAUCAAUUUUUAUUCAAUUAUUAUAUAUUACAAUUAUAUAUUUUUUAUUCAAUUUGGAGAUAAUUAUGUAUACAAAAUCGUAUGAGAGAAAUCACACUUGCUUGUUAAUCAAUUCUUACUCUUCCUCCUGCGUGAAAUAAUUUAAACGUUGAAUUUUUCUGCCGUUCGAGCGUGAGUGUAAUUACAUAUCUUUUUAUAUGGAUUAAAAUUGCUUUUGUGUAAUUUUGAAUACGAAAUCAUUGUCUGAAAAAAUCUAGCUGCGAUUUUGUUAUAAUUAAAUGAGAUUUUUAAUUUUCUCAAUUAUCUGUACUAUACCAAUGUAAGAUGCGAGUUUUGCAAAAUAUACACGCAUGGAAAAAGAA